GAGAGGUGCACGCGCCCGACUACUGCAGAUGAUUGUGGAAGAUGCCGCAGACUCGGGUUGCUAUGCUCAACUUUACGGCCUCCUCGAAAGGCUGGACGAAGACCCAAAGAGUCUCGCCUCGAUUUAGACCAACCAAAUGUUGGGAACCACAGCUCUGCUUGCCUAGAACCGAGGGAGUCUAGAACAUACAUAAGCAGUACAAAUGCGAGAUUACCAUCAGAAGAUAUCGCCAAAUGGAUCAAUCUUCAUGAGGAACUUAGCCAGAAUGAAAAGGACAGCCUUCUGUUCCUUUUAGAUAAGCCCGGAAUCCUCGGCUGCUAUGUCAUGGGCCCGACUUUUCAAGACGAUGAGAGACGCUCCCUAGUCGCUCUUCUACCCACAGCCUUGCCUGUUCUUAAGGAUGCAUGCCUUGCAUUCGCCGGGGCUCUCAAGCUGACAUAUUCCGAUCCUCAUGAUGUGGCCAAAGUGGACGAUGAACACACUAAUUUGCUUCACGCCCUGGCUGCCAUUGAAAUACUCCGUUCAUUUCCAGUGUGCACGCCUCAGGAUGUGGCUAUAUGUCUGACUCUGGGAACUUUAUUGGCACUAUUCAGUUACUCUGCCGUCGGUCGUGGCGUUUAUGAGAUAUCACAACACUGUCUAAGCACCGCUCGGCCGUUCAUCGAACAAGGAGUGUUGGAUGUGGAUACUGAGCCUCGGCUGGUCUACCUGACUCUUCAAGAAGUGAUGGAUUGCCUGGUCCAUCGCAAAAUGCCAUCUAUCAGGUCUCCUCGACAUCGAUUAUGCUCUGGAAGGGACGUUGUAGAUCGGCAUUUGGGGCUGUGUGUGCCUCUGUUGCCUUACUACCAUGACCUUUGUGUUGCAAGUCACUCUCUUGCCAAUACGACCGAUGAGAGCUACAUGGCUCUAAUCAAGAAGCAGCUGAGCCUCAUUCAGGACGAGUUAGAAAUCUGGAAACCCUCUACGCCAGAUCAGUUCUUGGAGAAAUUUACCUCUACAGAGGUCAUCCAUCUCCUUGCCCAAGCGAGACUGUACCGAUUAGCAGCUCUGUUAGUGAACCACAGGCUUUGCUAUGCUUUUGGUACCCAAGAUCAUCAAGCUACAAUCUGGGCAAACGAGAUUAUGAGCGAGCUGGAUCUUGCUCGAAACGUCACCAACCAACCGAUACGUUCUGUCACUCUGCCAUUCAUUGCUGCCGCGAUUGAGAUGCAAGGUACGAGAGCACGUAGACAGGCACUACAAGAUACGGUUAUGCAUGUGGAUCAGUUCACGCCAGCAGUACAAAAGGCUACAAAAGCCUUCCUCACCAGAGUAUGGAGAGAACGAGAUGACAAAGUGAUAAUUUCAUGGUUCGACUCCGCCUAUAAGCCCUGUGUGGUUCUAGCCUCAAUCGACAUGGAUCUCUUUAGAUGA